AAAUUCUCCGUUGGGCAGCCCUGAGCGAGCGGCCGCGCUGAGAGCCACCGAGUGGGGGGAAGUAAGACCGGACGAGCCGAACGGAAGCUGCGCGCAGCCGCACUCCAGCGGAAUGAAUCGACUCGUUUCGCACCUGCGCACUGACAGCAACAGCCUCCUCCUCGGGAUCUCGCCCCCCUUUCCGCUCUGGUCUCGUGCUCGCGAGCGCAGCAACCAGCAGGCGGCUGCGCGAGCCCUCUGCCUCGCUUCCCCCGGUCCGCUGAGGCACGAGCAGUGCGACUUCUCCUCGUCGCGGCAGGACGGUGACAGCUCAGGUGGGGCGCUCUCGUUUGGUCGGAUUUAUUUUGUUUUCUUUGCCUGUUUUUUUUUGGAUGUCUACGUUUUGGUUGCAGUGACGGGACAUCGACAACUUAUUGCUCACACCCGUUGCUGAACCCUGCCGGCUCUGACAUCGUCGACUCUAGACGGACGCACUGGCUGACGGACACGGAGUUUGAAGUGGGCCGAUAAAGCCGUUGGAGGAAAGAGGGGGGAAGCACAACCUGUCGCAGAGUGGUGGACAGAGGAGCAGAGGAGCACAUGAGGAACGUAAACGGCGCGAUAGCAACAUCCUGACCGGCAACCUUGAUUCUGCAUCCCCUCCCCUGCCCCGUCCCCCCCCCUCACUCCCCCAGCCCCUCAUUGGGAGCACAGCAACUCCAGAAGCGGGGUGUCACAAGGAAGGAGCCGUGCGACCACUCCUCCUGCAGCCAUGAGGUCCUUCCGUUCCUUUGGUAACGAUGACCGCCACGUCAUGGCAAAACACUCCACCAUCUACCCCUCCUCUCACGAGCUGGAGGCCGUUCAGACGCUGGUGUCCACCGUCGAGUGUGCCCUCAAACACGUCUCUGAUUGGCUGGAUCAGAGCAGCAGCCAGGCCGACGGCCAACCAGCAGACAGCAAGGAGGGGCACGAAGUGGGCAAUGAGUCCAGCAAGGAAACUGAGGAUUCCACUGACAGCUACAGAGAGCCCAGCAGUGGUGCCGUGCUGUGCGGAGUGAUGAGGAUCGGCCUCGUGGCCAAAGGCCUCUUGAUCAAAGGCGACAUGGACCUGGAGCUGGUGCUGAUGUGCAAAGACAAACCCACACAGACACUGCUGGACACUGUCUGCCACAAUUUGCCCACACAUAUAGAGAAGCUGACAGAAGAGAAAUAUGAGGUCACAAGCUCCUUGCCCGAGGCCGCCAUCUUGGUACGAACCACGACAGAGCCCAAACUCACCCUGACUGUUACCCUCACCUCGCCAACUAUGAGGGAAGAGGAGGAGGAGGAGGAGGAGGCGGAAGAAGAGGAGGGGGAUGAGGAAGAAGAAGAAGAAGAAGAGGAGUUGGAGAAUGGGGAGGAAAGACAGGAGGAGGAGGAACAGGAGAAGGAGGAGGAAGUGGAGAAUGAAAAGGAGAAGCAGAAUGUGCGAGUGUUGGGUGCUGCUGCGCAGAGAGUGGAGGCUGAGGAGGAGGAGGAGGAGGAGGAGGGGGAGGUGCUGGAUAGACACAGAUGUCUGUUGGCCCUGGCAGCGCUGCGACACGCCAAGUGGUUCCAGGCUCGAGUGAACGGGCUCAAGUCCUGCGUUAUCGUUCUCAGGAUACUUAGAGACAUGUGCAAUAGACACCCUGUCUGGGAACCUCUCAAGGGAUGGCCCUUAGAGCUCAUCUGCGAGAAGGCAAUAGCCACCUGCAACAGACCCCUCGGGGCCGGAGAAGCCCUGCGUCGGGUCAUGGAGUGCCUGGCCUCAGGAAUACUGCUACCAGGUGGUCCAGGUUUACACGACCCAUGUGAGAAAGAGUCAACAAACACACUAGACAACAUGACCGAUGAGCAGGCUGAGGACAUUACCUACCGUGCACAGCAUGCUCUCAGACUCAUGGCGUUCGGACAGAUCUACAAGGUGUUGGAGAUGGAGCCUCUUGCCUCAAAUAAACCGUCGCAGAAAUACCCUUGGUCUGAUAAAGAAGGCUUAGGUCUGAAGAGGCCGUACGAUGAUGGAGCAAUGGAUGACAAAGAUCUCAUCAAGAAGAUGAAGAGAAAUCUUCGAAAAGUCCUGGACAGUAAAGCCAUAGACUCCAACCAGCCAAUGAACGCCCUGAUGCGGUUGAACCAGAUCCGGCCGGGGCUGCAGUACCGCCUGCUGUCCCAGUCGGGCCCGGUUCACGCGCCGGUUUUCACCAUGUCUGUGGAUCUGGAUGGAACCAUUUAUGAAGCAUCUGGAUCGUCCAAGAAGACCGCAAAGCUCCACGUCGCUGUUAAGGUUCUCCAGGCGAUGGGCUACCCGACAGGUUUUGACUCAGACCUGGAUCCCAUGAGUUCAGACGAGAAGUCGGAUGGUGAGGGGAAGAGCGAGACGUCUUCACACACUAGCAAUAACCCAACACACUCGACGGACAGUUCCAACACACUGGAGGUGCGAACUCAGGGUCCCAUACUGACAGCGAGUGGGAAGAACCCCGUCAUGGAGCUAAACGAAAAGAGACGAGGCCUCAAAUAUGAACUCAUCUCUGAAAGUGGAGGCAGUCACGACAAACGCUUCGUUAUGGAGGUGGAGGUCGACGGACAGAAGUUCCGCGGGGCGGGCCCCAACAAAAAAGUAGCAAAGGCCAGUGCUGCUCUGGCAGCUCUGGAUAAGCUUUUUUCUGGUCCCAACGCUGCUGCAAACAAGAAAAAGAAGAUAUUGCCUCAGACUAAAGGGGCCCUGGCCGCGGCAGCAGCAGCCUCAGCAGUAGCAGCUCAGGUAGCCAGAGGAAGAGGAAGAGCAGCCCUCGCUAGAGGGGCCUUCGUCAGCGCGGCCGCACCUGGAUAUGUCACGCCAGGUAGCUACAACUGCUUUGGGGCGCCGUAUGGCUACAGCCCGGCUGCAGCAGCUGCUCCUGCGUACGGUGGUCUUUUCAUUGACAAUCCCUUCUACCAGCCGCGGACCAUCGCUCCUUUUAUCAUUCAUCUGGGUCCCCAGGAUCUCUUCUCUGACUUCUAGGGGCCGCAGGCCGUUGGACACCCUUCACAUCGUCAAUGCCCAUGGGACACCGGCUUUUCAGUCCGUCUAAGCGGGACGCCUCUCUAUCCAGGUGACGGACUCAUCGAUCCCAAACUCUUUCCGUCUGAUCAGUCCGCUCGGGGGGGCAAGAAAAAAAAAAAACCCAAACGUUCUGCCCGACGGCAGCGACGGAGACUCAACUACUGAUCGGAAGGCUCAAUAGCUCCUCUCUUUGUUCUCUCUGCUCUCCGCCCAGAUUAUCUCUUCAGAGGAGAGAAGCUACAUGAAGCAAUACUCAGAUUUGACAAGAAACGUUCAGCCGCGACUGCGCUGAAUUUCUCUCUUAUAGCAAUACACCAGAACUCCUCUCUAUGAGCUUACUUCAUGAGAAGAAUGUCCGAUGGAGUUUCACCCAACACAGCAUUGCAAUAGGUCAUUCUGAUUGUAUAUUCAUCACAUGUGUGUGUGCGUGUGGCUAUAACAUGACUAUAUACACAUAUAUGUAUGGUGUAUGUUUCUAUAACGAUGUGUUGACAAAAUUAUUACUAUAUGAUAAUGUAUUUAUGUAAAUAUUCUAUAAAAUAUAACUAUUGUUGGUAUAAAUUAUUUUAGAAUUAUAAAGUGUAAUGUAACUGUAAUAUCACAGUAUAGCUUUCUUCCAAUUUUAUAUACACUGAGCAAUUGAAGCUAGUUCUAGGAGAUGCAAUAUUAUCUUUGGUAUUCAUAUUAACCUCUGCUGUUCCUUCUUUCCUCCCUCCUUUAGUUCAAACUUUUGCUCUAUCUUUGUACGUCUUUCUGAGCCUUUGUGAGCACGCUCUCUGCUGCCCGUGGUUUGUUUACGUGCCCCGGACCAGAGGCGCUCCACCGGACACACUCAUAAGCCCAAUCCCACCUGUGCACACACUCUCACACACUUCUCCUGUCAGAAAGCACAUUUUCUAUAGUCUCACUGCUGGCAGGGAAUACUUGUACUGUAUGUGUACAGUACACGUGUGUGUAUAGUCUUGAUGUACGCGCUCCUCCAUCUGCCAUUAACACGCGUCGGCAGACUCACCCGUCAACACUCGGAAGGAUCGUCAGCUCUGUCCCGCUCGCCUUAGGGACCAAAAGCACAGCUCGCACACACACACACACACACACACACACACACACACACUGCUAUCCCUUCUUUCUGCUUACACACGCACAGACACCAUGUCCCUCCGAUCCCCUACUUUACAGACAAGCUGCUGCUAGUGGACGAUGCAGCGAUAUCUCAUACAAUGGGAAAGACACAGCCCAGAAUACUGGCUGACUGAUUCAAAGUAAAGUCGGCAAAUAUCUUUGAAAGUGACUUUGAAAUGGAGGAGUUGUUGUUGUGAGCGGUACGUUUGUGGAGGGAUGGCGUCUAACCUCCGGCUGUCUUUGCCAGUCACAGAAGUCGAGGUGAACCGAGGAACGUGGCAGAUCGGCAUCGACCUCAGCGACCUCUGGCCUCUUGUUGGGGUCCAUUAAUACGAUUCCAAUAAGUUAGGCACAGUGAAGUUCACCUGUUUCACAUGAAGACAAAAGACGCAGCAUUUUGGUACUUUUGGUUUUGCUUUUUGGAAAAGAGAAAGCUUUAUUGGGGAAUGUCUAGUUUCAACCACUUAUGCAAAACCUCAUGAGGCUGAAUAUGUUCUUAAGAGUCACGAUCCUGAACUCUUCCACCGUGCAACACAGUUGAGGAAGAAAAAUUGUCUUUUUAACUGAAAUUUGGGUCUUUGAAAAAGAUUUUCUAAUAGAGGAAAAUAAGUUUGGUUGGUUUUCAUUUGUAGUCUCAAAUUACAUUAAUAUUUUGCUUAGUUGUAGUUCUGUUAGUGUUUUGGCUUUAACGCUGCUAAAGGAAAUUAUUUACCCAGGUAGUAAUCAAACAGAAUGUGCAUAAAAAGCCCCCCCACCCUAGCUAGUAGGGAUUAAACUGAGAGAUGAGAUUUGCCAGUAAGCCCUAAAGUGCUUAAUACAUACAAAUACAUUGGAACAACCGACUUCACAGCAUGCACAUAGUACUCGGAUUUCUGCCAUUUUCUGUGACGCGUCUGAAAGCCCUUCAUCAGUCUUUUUAUUUUUAGCCUUUAAUGGAGACAAGGUGUCAGACAGCAGAUGCAAAAUCAAACGGAAUGCAUCAAAAGCCCCCCCCCACCACCCCCACCCCAUCCCACACCCCUCCUCCACUAUGGUUGCAUUGAUCUCAUGUGUUUGUAUUUGCUUUGAUUCAACAAAAAAAAACGACAUCUGACAAGUGGACCCACUCAGGCUUAGAGUAAGAGAGUAAGAAUGACAGUCAGACGUAAUGACGCCACUCGGCUGGCGCCAAAGACAGUCGGGCAGUUUUUCUGCGGAUGGGAUGAAAUUGAGCCAUCACGCCGUGAUUGGGGAUUCGGAGGUGAACCGAAGGGCGUCCUGUGCAACUCCAGGUGCCGGUCCCAUCCUGCUCAGUGGGCUGAGUGCCACAUGGCGGGGGUCCCCACUGCCCACUGCGGGAGCCUCUGUACUCCCUAUGCGAAAUUUGUUCUGCUCUCCCAGGCGUUUUUUUCCAUCAAUGCACAGAGCCCCCCGUGGUGGCCUCACCUCGGCCGUGACAGACAGCUGUGAAAUUCACGUGGAGGUGAAUAACCUGCAUUCUGCUUCCUGCGCGGAGGACGGAGCCUCUCUAUCCGCGAGGAAGGUCUCCUAAUCUCCCCCGUGCCCUCUCUCUGUCCCCUUCCCCUCCCCCCCCCCCCCCCCCCCCACUCCCCCCCCCAGUUGUCUCGGUCCAGAUGGCCCACAUUAAUAAGGCAGCCAGUCAUACCUCAGUGAGCAAGCUUUUCAUUUCCCCUCAGACUCACCCUGACUACUGACCCUGUCCCUUUUGGUCUGUUGGCUGGACAGAUCAGAGCUCUAACUGGCCCAGGUUGGAGGAGUUGUCUUGUGGUAGGCGGGUCCUGCAUGCGUUUCCUCGUCAGGCUUAAGAAAUGAAAUGAUGGGAAAAAUAUCAGUCUACCAGUCGACCCCCUUUUCAUCAUUAGCUGAAAGUCCCUCCCAGAUGAAUGACAAAUACAUAAUACUGCCCCCCCCCCCGUCCCUUUCUCAAUGUAAGGCAGACCCUGAGCAGUACCCUGAUGUGUUCUCGGCCUUGGCUCUUUGUGGUGAAGGGGCAGCGAUGGCAAACAUCCACACUUUUAGGAACACCGCCCCUCCGUGGGCGUUCAACUAUUACACUUUGCAAUCUAAGAAGCACAAAACACAAACAAUACACCCACCCCCUUGUUCUCAGGGCCACCUGACGCACACACACACACACACACACGCAGGAGUAUGCAAAUAGAUAAAAACCCACUCAAACGCAUGUAAUUAUAAAUGUAAAUAUUCAUAUCGGCGUUUACUGUCAAUAACAGCACCGUGACACAGCGUGACGUUCUUUGCUUUGUGGUUUGUGUAUUACACGUUGGGUUGUGUGCUGUAUGUAGUGUGAGUUACACAAGCGGCAAGGCCUUGUUUGUAUUUUAGGAUUUGAGCCAUGUACAUCUGCCCCAUUUGUCAUGUCGGUGCAUUAUAACGGGCUGUCCGUAGCACUGUAUGUAAUGGAUCUUACUUUUGCCUUUUUGUAGACAGCUCGAGCUUUGCUGACAAGAGGAACUUUUUUUGGCAACCCGUGCUGGGAGCUUUGCGCCUUCAGAUGCUGCAAUAUGUCCAGUGCUUAAAGGGUUGUGAGUCCAGAGCUGCCAGGAAACGUCAGCCUUCUGGACUGAGGAGCCCGUUUCCUCUAAAGCACCUCUUCAUCCUCCUGCCAGGUCAAAUUUUAAAUAAAUAAAUAAAUAAAAAUUUGAAAAACGCAAAGAGAAUGCUGAGAUGCAAGUGGGGAAACGGGUUGCGGUUUGUUGUGCGGAGCGGGAUUCAUCCCGACACCAAAGACUGAAACCUUUUUGAACAAACCCGAUCAUUCUGGCUCUCUCGGAUGUGAGGGGCCACGUGUUUGUGAUCCGAUGAACGCGAUAUCCGGCCCAAGGAAAGGAAACCUCUCGUCUCCUCCUGCAUCUAGAUCAGCCACGCAGAGAGUAGUUGGCACAGAGAGUAGGCCCCCGGGCUUUGGCCUUGUGCUAAAUGUGUCCGCAAGAGGAGGAGAACGAGCUGCAGGAAGAACCUGAACUCUGCAGAGCAGCAGAAACACAUCCGGGAUCACGUUUCCUCCUUUGGAGGCAAAGCCACCCGGACUGAGUGCACAACACUGGGGAGUGUGUUUGUCUGUGAAGCACAUCAACCGGAGGGUAAUGGGAAGCUGCUUCACACACACGUAUGCAUGCAGACACACACACACACAGACAAACACACGAUACAUUAAGCAUGUUGGCGCAGACUUCCUGGUCAUGGUCCACUGAUUGUUUAAGUCUAAUAAUCCUCCUGAUAAGCAAUCGCAGCAUUUUGGUUGGGAAUGUACACUGUUGUUCUAGUGAUUGUAGAGUAGAAUGUAUUCACUCAUAGAGUAAAAACAAAAAAAAAACUUGCUUUUUCGUAGAGAAGCAUAUAUACAGAAUAUAUAUGGAUACAUACAUAUAUAUACAUCUAUAUAUCUUUUGAGCUACUUGUGACAGAGUUUUUUUGGGCGCAUCCACCCUUAGGAUUAAUAUUUCUUUCCUUUAUUUUCAUUUACGAAAGUAGUGUCUUACGAGUGAGUGUUUACUUUUUCCUGUAAAUAUGAUUUUUCUUAUUUUAAUUUAUUUUUGACAAAAACGGGGAUUAAAGAAAACUGUUUUACGAUGCUGCCUGUGACGCGAUGAAGUGAUUCCUGUCCACAGACUGUGUUUGUGAGGUGUAACAAUGAGUCUCUCACAUCGAGGCCGACGUCAGUGGACGGACUGACGGAACUCGCCGUGUCUUUGAUUCGUAGCAACAUUUACGGCAGCGAUGAUCUGUGGUUGUCACUGUUUUUACCAUAAUCUAUGCUUGACCAACUGAAAAUAAACCUGAGAAAGUGCUGAA